AUGCCUUCCGUUGCUCCGUUACGUAAUACGAAAGCCGAAGAGAUAUCAAAAAAACUUAAAGGUGUUGAACGGUACAAUCCACAUAAUACAAGUUUACUCGAAGAAUACGUUCAACAUCAAAUCGAUAAUCGUUUAUAUGAUUUCGAUGCAAAUAUGGCUUUAUUAAAAAUGUACCAAUUUAAUCCUGAUUUUUUUCAACCGAACAUUGUGUCGAAUAUAUUGUUAUUGGCAUUAUCAAAUCUUCCAAAACCAGAUUUUUUACUUUGUAAAUAUUUGCUUGAUACGCAAAAAUGUCAACAAAGCAAACGUUUACAGGAAAUAUUGCAUUAUGCUGAAUUGCUUGAAUCUUGUCGAUUUCAAGAAUUUUGGAAUGUACUCGAUAAUAAUAUUAUCAAAAUUCCUGGGUUUGAAGAACGUAUUCGAGACUUUAUUUGUCAAACUGUUAGUCGAACGUAUCAAACAGUCAAUCGACAAGAAUUAGAAUCGGCUUUGGGUCGUCUUUCAUUAAGUGAAUUUGAAGAAUUAAUACAAAGCCGUGGUUGGAAAACAUUAACUGGUGACAAAGAUUAUAUAUUUAUAGCGAAUCAUGAAGAAAAUAUCAAAUCAAGAAACAUAGUAGAAAAAAUCAAGUUUGAACGUAUGUAUUUUGCACCGUAACUUAUUAGCAAGAAGUUUUUCACUUACAAGGGAAUCUUCCCAGGUGUCAAGCUCCGUUUUCAAUGAUCUUAUGCCAGUUGAUAGAGGAAAGUGCCCUAGUUAAAACCCUAAAAGGAUUUGUUUCCAUGAUACUUCUUUCAAGAGUUAUGAUUUUUUUUUGUUUUGCCGGGAAAACAGGCACAAAGAUACCAUCUCGAUAAAAACAGCGAAUUUUAAGCUGACAUUUUUUUCUACAAAUGUUCUGACAUUCUUUUGAAGUUUUAACUAGGACCUCUAUCAACUGACAUGAGAUAGAUCAUUAAAAACGGAGUUUGAUACCUGGGAAGGUUUCUUCGUUAGAUAAAAUUUUGUUAACUACUCUUCGCUCUUUAUCUGUUUUUGAAAUGACUACAAUAUCAAUUUACACUCCUUCAUUUAGAUGUGGCGGCCGUGAUGAAUAUUUCUUAAAAAUGAAGAAAUGAAUGAACAUCAAAGUAUUAAGAUAAUUGAAAAACACGAUUUCUUGUUUUUUUAAUUCAUCUAACAAUUAAACUCGUCUAUUUUCAGUUAUUUUGUUUGAAUAAAAGCAAACAACGAUAAUUCACACCUCAGAGCACUAUAGUUUUAAUUACGAUAUACAGAAGAAAUUCAUAGAGUUUAUUUUCUGUUUUUUAACGAACUUUUGAAUAUUUUUAAAAAUUCUUUUUUUUUAUUUAAGUGAACAGACUGGUCUAAAAACAUAAAUUUUACUGAAUGUCAUUUUGAAUUCCAUGUUUUUAUCAUAUUUUCCAGUUGAAAAGUGUUUACUUCAUAUAAUAAUAUACCCGAUGUUGUUUUAUUUCCAUCUUGAAAUGUUUUGAGUAGAAUAGAAGCCGUAUUCUCUCAGAAUAUAAGCGAAACACGUAUUUUGAACUAAAAAGUAUCGACAGAUAAAAACGUUUAAUUUUGUACAAAUAGCUCAGAAAUGCAUCAGAACUCGAAGACAGUUCAAUUCUUAUUUUAAAUCAGAAUAGACUGACUAGUUUAUGAUGUAUAUAAACAAAUAUAAUAUAAAUUGUUCAUCCAAUUUUGAAUUGAACAUAGAAAAAAUUCUUGAAAAUAGUAAACAUGCUUUGUGGGGAUGCUAUAAAAGUUGUUUUAAACCGCAGAAUAUGAGAUUAUAUGAAAAGAGUAUGCGGACACAUUAUUCAAACUUUACACUGACAUAAAUCCAAAUAUUUUAAUCUAACUAAAUUUAAUGUCCUUCAACGAAACAGCUUUACAAAGAUAAUCAUCACUUUCAAAUUUACCUUGUCGAUUUUUUCUAUUCUACAAUAAAUUUUUCAAAUGCACCAUAUUCAGAUAAUAACAAAAUCCAAUUGUAAAUAAUAGAAAGCAAUUAGAGUUACAUUAAUUGUUCAUUUCUCAAAUACUGAUUUUGUAUGUUGCAUUGAUUUCAUAUUCAUGAGUAACUACAUCAAUUUCUCCUAUAUAAUAAAAUAACCAAUCAUCCAUUCUCAUAAGUAGCACAAUCUACAAAAGUGGAUAACCAAUCAUCUAGUAGAACAACAGUUUUGAUUUGCUAAAAUGGAUAAUGAGUGAUAACAAAGGAAAUUCAUCCAUCCGCUGUUCUUGACUACAGAAAAGAGGAUGACAUGGUCGUGUACCCUUACGAUGUCAAGUUUAUGUUUGCAUUCAACUUAAUCUUAACACUCUCAGAAAUGCAGCCACUUUGUUCGCCAGCAACCAGGUGACAAAAUCGUUUUUUCACCUAGAUACUAGCGAACGCGAACAAAGUGGCUGCAUUUCUGAGAGUGAGUGAAUCGUCGUUGAUGUUAUAAAAGUAAACUCACUAUUUGAUAACGGUC